CUCAAAGCUUAAUUACAAACUGUUUUAAACCUCUACUAUCCUUUUUAAUUGGCAAUCUGUUGCUAUUUGAUAUACAUUCUACACCAACUACGAUCUGAUAAUGCUAUCUCUUAUCAAAACCAUCUGUCUUGCGGUUGCUAUGACCGCAGGGUUUUCCCGUGCCAUUCCUGUACUGGACUCUGAUUUUACUGAAGACAUUUCACUUGUGCAGACUGAGGCCCGAACAGUCACUAGUACACCGUGGCCAUCUCGUGUUUUCGCGCCAUACUGCGAUGUGCUGCUCUGGCCCACGUUUGAUAUUUCCAGCACUGCUGCAGCCGUCAAAAACAAACACUUUACGCUUGCAUUUAUCACUGCUGAUGGCGGUGGUAAAGCAUCAUGGGGUGGUAUGGUUCCACUGGCUCAAAACUUUUACUCUCAAUACAUUAGCCAACUAAGACAGUUGGGUGGUGAUGUCAUUGUCUCGUUUGGUGGUGCUAAUGGACAAGAAUUGGCGUUAGUAUCCAGUAAUAACCUGGUGGCUGAAUACAAAUCAGUCAUUGACAUGUAUAGUCUGACCUAUGUCGACUUUGAUAUCGAAGGAGGUGCACUGUUCAAUAGUGCUGCCAACACUCGUCGUGCCCAAGCUCUUGUCCAGAUUAAAAAACUGUAUCCCAACAUUAAAAUUUCAUACACGCUUCCCGUUCUACCAAGUGGUUUAACAGCAGAAGGCGUUGCAAUCUUGAGUAACGCUGCCGCCAACGGACUGGUGAUCGAUGUGGUCAAUAUUAUGGCUAUGGAUUAUGGAUCUGGACCAGCACCAAACGGAGCAACUGGAAUGGGUGGAUAUGCCAUCUCAGCUGCCAAAGCCACCUAUGCUCAAGCCAAACCUAUAUUCCCAUCCGUGACUAUUGGUGUUACACCCAUGAUUGGCGUAAACGAUGUGCAAGGCGAAGUGUUCCGUGUUGAAGAUGCCGCACAAUUGACCCAAUUCGCACAGUCUACUUCAUGGAUCUCGCUACUGUCAUUCUGGUCUAUCAAUCGUGAUCAUGGUGUGAUUGGUCCACUUUUUGCUUCGAGCCGAAUCCAACAAAGUAAAUACGAUUUUGCUACUGCCAUGCUACCAUUUGAAUUGUCUGCAUCAGUUGCAAAAACUCCAGUUCCUGCACCCAAACUCCCACUUGCAAAUAUUCCAGGACUGUACAACUGGCCAUCUACCGUAUUUGCUCCAACCAUCGACACUACUGCUGCCAAUGCUGCAAACAUUGUGACCAUGGCCACAACGGUUGGUACCAACAUGUACAAUCUUGGAUAUAUUGUUGCUGAUGCCAAUGCAAACCCAAGUUGGGGAGGUGCACAUGGUCUACCCGAGUCGUGGUAUCUUUCUCAGAUCCAGCAGGUGCGCAACUUUGGUGGUGACGUGAUGGUGUCGCUUGGUGGACCAAAUGGUCAGGAAUUGGCUCAAGUGAUCACCAAUCCAUCACAGCUUAAAAACCAGUACCAGAACAUCAUUGACUCGUAUUCGAUUUCAUGGCUCGACUUUUAUCUUGACGGUGCAGCUCUGACUAACCAAGCAUCGAUUGAUACUCGCAAUGCUGCCAUUCGUGGACUGCAAGUUGCCAUGCCUAAUCUGAAAAUCACAUACACCCUUCCUGCCACAGCAUCUGGUCUAUUGGACAAUGCAGUCUAUGUCCUGACAUCAGCAUACAAUGCAGGUGUCCGAGUUGAUGUUGUGAAUGCUCUUGUUGCACCAGCAAGUGUGGGAGCAACUCUUGCUUCAGACACGACUCCAGGUGCAUACACGACGGCAGCAGUUCAGGCAGCUUAUGCUCAAGCUCAAGGAACUGGUUUAUUGUACUUCAAGAUGGGUAUCACACCAGUCAUUGCUAGCCAAAACUUUGGUGGCAAGACAUUCGGAAGCAGUGAUGCCAAUGUAGUGCUUCAAUUUGCACGAUCGACCAGCUAUGUUACAUACAUGUCGUACUCGACAGCCAACACCGACUCUGAAAGUCAGGUUGUAAAUGUUUUGCGUCGCUAUGGAGUUUAA